GCACUAUUCUGUAAACUGGGCCAGAUCCAGGAACCAAAAACCCACCCAGCAGGCCCCUGGCCGACCCCGACCACAUUCCUACUGCGUACACUAGCUUCGCGGAUUACCUAUCCGUACACUACUGAUACAUUCAUCCGACGACCCAGUUCUCCAUUGUUCCCCAUUGCCGGCCCGCUGCCGAGGUGUCUCGUGCAUCAUCCGAGCCGCCUGACCCCCGCCGCCGCCGCCGUUGCUGUCACCUCCAGGCUCUCCACCCCAGCCGCCUUGCACCGUUGCACUUGCGGCUGCUCCAAGCAGGGACUGUCUGCUAUCCGAUGGCGGGGCGCCUGCGCGUGUCGUCUCCCCACGCAUCCGACGACCCCUUGGUGUCCGCUUCUCCACCAUGACGCGACCCAAGGUUCCCGACGACAAGCGCCAGCGCACCGCUCAGGCCUGCGACUCUUGCAAGCGCCGGAAGCAAAAGUGCAAUGGGUUGAAGCCCUGCCAAACCUGUCUCAGGAGAAAGUUGAUGUGCUGCUACACCCCAAACAACGCCUCCAACCAUGCUACCGACGAUGCUGCGUCGCCAACCAAGCGACGCCACCUCGAGACGUCCCCAACAUCCAUUCCUUCGGCUCUAGAAUCAUCUGAAGACACUUCCCCCCAAGCCCACGAAGCAAUGCAACCUUGGGAGGGGGUGCCGCAAAACGAGCUGCCACCACGGAGCUCUUCGAUCCCGGGCAGGACAGCACAGCUUCCGCUGUCUGUCCCAGACCAAGCUCGACGGACGCCUUUUCACAACUUUAAGAAGCUUCCGAGCCGUAGCAACGCAAACAGCCUAUCUGUGGAAACCAACAUCUACACCGAGACCAGGAUGUUGCAGGACCAAACCGGCCGUCUCCUCUACAUUGGAGAUGCCUCCACGCUGUCCAUUCUGCAAUUGAUCCGCAUCAUCGUCGAGAACACCGCUGGGUCGGACAUGGGCUCGCCUUUCAUCGAUGAUCCUAAGAGGCAUCGUAUACUGGAGAGCAUCAUCGACUUUCCUCAGCACGUUCACAUUCCUAGUCCUCUACCAGACAAGGAAACCGCCGAUGUGCUCAUUGCAUCGUACUUCACCAACACAUGCGGUCUGAUCGAGAUCCUGGAUCGGCAUUCGUUCCUCCUGGCCGUCGAAGAGUGCUACAGAGACCCCCCUUCAUCGUCCAAUUACUUUCUGUGCAAUUUGUUUCUGGUCCUAGCCAUCGGCCUCCUUUUGGCAGCCCCGCCUCCGGGCAGCCGUGAAGAGGCGCUGGUGCAGAGGCAGCUCUCGGCCGAGCCAAACCGGGCCGAGCUCUUCUUUCGAAGCGCUCGUUCCAUGUCUGAUCCGGAAGCCGGCUUCGAGGAUGCUGACUUUUGGUCCAUCCAAGCUUUGUCGUUGAUGGUCGUGUACAUGCUCAUCCUCUGCAAGAGGAACACAGCCUAUGCAUACCUAGGAAUGGCUGUUCGCUCUGCCUACGCCAUGGGCCUACACAGGGAGGAGACUAUGUGCGACGUCAUUUUCACGGCAGCUGAGAUGCGAGUCCGGAGGAAUGUCUGGAAGAGCUUGUUCGUGCUGGAUCGUUUCUUGGCCGCCACCAUGGGAAGACCAACCGCCAUAUGCGAGGACGACUGCUCCUGCAAGAUCAUUGGGGACAACGACGCGAUUGACACCCAGGCCGUGGGCACACCCGUCAUCGACCAAGUUCAUACGAGCAGUUUCGACGCAUGCGUCGAAAUCUGCCAUAUCAUAGGCGUUACCCUCAAGGUCUUUUCCCGGAGGAAGAUAUCGACUGCAAAAGUGCAGGAGAUAAUCGACAUGUCGAAGAACUGGGACGACAGGGCACGUACGCAGUCAUAUCGACGGCCGUCCGGUCGAGGUCUGGUGGAUCCGGCGCACGGAAUGGCAGCCCUACAUGUCGACCUCUUGUCGUUGCAUUCGCUGAUCCUGCUCACCCGGCAACUCUUCGUCAUGCACAACUGGAUGCUAGUGGAGGAGCGGUCGGGCAUCAAGAAGUCGCCACAGAUCCGCGAAUCUCCCAUGGCACGAUUCUCGGAGGCUUGCGUGAUUGCUUCUUACCGUACCAUCAAACUGACCCGCACCGUUUGGCAAGACGGUUACCUUCCGCGCAGGAACCCCUUCGUCGUGUAUUUCAUGUUUGCCGCGAGCCUCGUGGUUCUCAUGAACCAGUUCUCGUCGCUGUACUACACGGAGGAGUACGCGGAGACCAUGCAGGAUGCCCUCGCGAUCAUGGCGUACUGCGCCAAAACCGAUCCACAAGCAGAGCGCGUCCUCGAUAUCCUAUCGAGGUUUUUGCAGGUGGUUACCAAAUGGACCAAAGACCACACGUAUCCUGCGCCCCAACUCUCAGAUGAUUUCAGCUGCCUCUACAACCAGGCUGCACGCUCCGGGUCAGCUUCGGAGCACGGGAAUCGUGGCCUUACGGUCGCCACGGGCGUCCAGGAACGGAGAUCCUCCCCCCAAGCUCCCAACGGAGGACCCGAGCCGCCGUCAGCGCCAAAACUGCCACUGCUCGACCUUCUAUCUAGGCCAGCUCCGGUGCCAGUGCUUGAGGCACGAGCAGGCGGGAUAGCGGCACCGCAGAUGCAGUUCCCGGCUAUUCCUCUCAUGGGUACCCGACCGGGCGUCACGGCGCUCUCCUCAAUGGAAACGCCGGAACCGCUCAGUGGGAAUAUCGAGUUUGAGUUCGACGGCUUGUGGAACAGCUUCAUCAACCAUCUGCCGCCUGUUUCGACGGUGGCCCCGGGCAUCAGCAAUCUUGCAUCGCAGUUCCCCCCACCAGUGAUUGGUACACCGACUGAACCUUACGACAAACCUGGCUUCUAAGGAAUUGGGGGCUUGGAAGCUUGCCCAAGCAGUUGGAGUAUUGCCCCUGACACUCCUUCAUCCAUCUGAUACGUUUUCACCAGCUUCGGGCGGC